GCUCCCGCCAGCCCAAGGCCGAGGAAAUGGCCGCCCGUGCCGCCCGCUUCCACCCCUCCCGCGGCCCGGGGAGGGCUCGGCGGCGGCGGGAGGGGCGGAGCUGCGCGUCAUGGCCGCCCGCCGCCUCCCGCCGGGCGCGCUCUCCCUGAAGCAGUUCCUGAGGCGACAGCAGGUUCUUCAGUUAUACAAGAAGAUCCUGCGGGCUAUUCGCGACGUCCCUGAUGAAGCAGAUCGUCACUAUCUGAAGGACUGGGCCAGGGAGGAAUUCAGGAGAAAUAAAGAUGCUACAGAAGAGGAUGCAAUCAGGAUGAUGAUUACUCAAGGCAACAUGCAACUUCAAGAACUUCAGAGAACAAUUAAACUGGCAAAAUCUUGAUCUUAAGUUUGUUGACAGCUAGACUUCCAUCUGCUGUGAACAAGCAUAGUAUUUUUUCCAAAAUGUGGUUAUAAUAGCAGCCUUUGCUGACAACCUGGUAAUGUUUGAAGGUGGAACCUACCACAGUGGGGUUGUUUGCUUUUUCACCUUCCUUUUCUUGGUUUUAUUACCGUCCCAUGUGGAAAUCGCUCAGACACAAAGGACUGUAAAGAGAUGAAUGGAUGAUGUAGCACAUGCUAUGGGAAAGGCAGAAAGCACCAAAAAUUACAACAGCAGUGUUAUGCCAGGGAAAUGGAAAAUAAAUAUAAACUGUAUUAUUUUGUCUGUUUUCUAUUGUGGCAACUCUUAAGUAGUAACAGCUCUUUCUGUACUGUGCUAAGGAAAAAAAGCAUUUGAGAUAAACAGGGGCUCAAAACAAACACACAAAACAUUAGGAAAAUGUUCUGUAUGUAGAUACUGAUUUUCAGUUAUAGCCGAAUAAAACUUACAGAGACCUCCCCUUUUAUGAGAUAUUUUAGCCCUAGAAACAGUUAGUACCUUCAAGUUAGUGUUUAAAAGUCAAUAUAAAGUAGAAUUAUGGACAGAAAAUACUAACCUCAAAUAUUGUGGUCUGUUUUUCCAAAUGUUGUAUUACUCUGCUUUUGUUAGCUUGCAGCUGUCUUACACAGAAUCACAGAAUUGUCUAGGUUGGAAAAGAUCUUGAAGA